UCAUAAAGCGCCUACAGUUGCUGCAGCCAUCGCCAUGAACAGCGUAGGAGAGGCUUGCACUGAUAUGAAGCGAGAGUACGAUCAGUGCUUCAAUCGCUGGUUUGCCGAGAAGUUUCUCAAGGGAGACGGUUCCGGGGACCCGUGUACUGAUCUCUUCAAGCGCUACCAGCAGUGCGUUCAGAAAGCAAUAAAGGAGAAAGAAAUUCCUAUUGAAGGACUGGAUUUCAUGGGCCAUGGCAAAGAGAAGCCUGAAAAUUCUUCUUGACCUUGAAAAUGGAUUCAUCAGGAAAUUGAGGCCUCUGGAUUGUCAACUAACGCCCUUGAAAAUAGCCAUGGGAUUGAUGAGUUUAGGAGCGAAGAGUUUUAUUUCUUCCUUCUUGAUGCUUUCUUUACUUGUAAAUGAUGAUCUCUGCAUUAGAUUUUUCACUUACUCUGGCAUCUUGCAGGAAUUCAGUGUGCUAAAAUUGAACAAUUUCUCUAGAUUAUGAUUGCAAUACAUGGUCUGGAAUUAGCUUUAAAUAUAUCUAUGUAAAUAAUGAUAAACUAGUCAAGAUGAUCAGGGUUGCCUGAUGUCUUGAUUUUGCUGCAAAGACAUUACACUGUACUGGGGUCAUUGUGAAAGCAUUUGGUUAGGACCUCUUUUUCUCUCUCAGGGAGUAAAUACUCUAAAGAGAUCCGAGCACAACACUUUCGAUCAAUGCUUGGGAGCACAUUUUUAUUUUUAUAUAGUGACUAACAGUUAUGUUUGUGGGUGACCUGGGUUAGCAAAGAGGAAGACAGCUUUUAACAUUCUCUGCCUCCAAGUGUCUAAUUAAGACAUGAAAGCUUCAAGAACGUUGAAGUAAACACCACUGCAGAGCUCAUAGUGUACUGGAGGAAUCAGGAUAUUUGCAGUGCCAAUGGAAGAACUGCCUAUUACAGAGAUUUGGUGUUGCCAGCGUUCAACUCAAGUUAAUGAAUUGAGUCAACCUGCCUAUCAGAAAAAAAAAAGCCAAAAAUGCUGCAUCUGUUUAAAUGGAGGGGAAAGGUGCUUGCUUUAUUUGCCUAUAAUGUCUAUAAUCAUGAAGAUGGAAUAAACUCUUUUAACAUUUA